GAUCAGAGAGAUGGACAGAGAAAAGAUGAGGGCCGAAACUGCCGAGAAGAAAUUGGUAGUCGAGAUUAAGCGCGAAGCAAAGAAGGGUGGUUCCCAGGCUAUGCUGCAAAUGAUGGCGAAGGACUUGGUCCGCCAGCGCGGGUCGAUACACAAGUUUGUGAUGAUGAAGAUACAACUGCAAGGCAUCUCGAUGAAACUCAACGAAAUGAAAACAAACGAUCAGAUGGCACGGGCUAUGGCCGGCGCUACCAAGGCGAUGGGCCGAAUGAACAAGCAAAUGAACCUGCCGAAUAUGCAGAAGAUUAUGAUGGAGUUUGAAAAGCAGUCGGAGAUGAUGGAGAUGAAGGCUGAAAUGAUGGAUGAUGUAAUGGAAGACACAUUAGGCGACGCAGACGAUGAAGAAGCUACCGAUGAAAUAGUCAAUAAGGUGUUAGAUGAGCUUGGUUUGAGCUUAGAAGAACAGCUUGUAUCGGCGCCUACAUCAUCAAUUGCGAGCUCUGCACCCUCAAAGGUCGCGGCUUCUGAGGCCAUGGGUGGCAGUGGUCCAGCGACUGGCACAGGCAAAGAUAGUUCGGUACCUUCUGGUGGUGCUGGGGCGGGUGUUGGGAAUAUGGAUGAUCUGGAAAGCCGGUUGGCGGCGCUAAAGAAAAAAUAGAAUACAAUUUGAUCUCACAUAAAAUAUUAAGUCAGUAAUGGCCCCGCUCAGUUCUAGUAGUAUCAACUUUCAU